UAGUUAAAGGCAGUGACUGUAGACACGUUUAAAGAGGAGAGCCCAACAACACAAUCUGCUGAUCACAAAUAAACACAGCACACCAAAUCAUAGCAGUAUGAGCUCAAAGGGUGGCACUGCCCUGUCCCGACGCAGCUAUCGCCUGGCAUCUGACAUGGACAAACCCAAAGUCACAGGUAUUGUGAAUGAGAAGCUACUGAGUGACUAUCUGCACCAUGUGUUUCCUGCCUCCAGUAAGCAGGGACCGGCAUCAGCAGCGUACAGAAAAACCCUGAUGUUCCAGGAUCUCGGAGCUCAUCUGGAGAAGCUGCUGGCUGAAGAUAAUGUCACCGAGGACAGCAGAGAUCAGAUAGAAGGCUGCCUUGGACCUUCAACUGUCGUCCUGGAUCACAGCAGUGGGUUUGAAGGGCUAUUAUUUGUUGACGAUGACCUUUUGGGGGUCAUUGGCCACAGUAACUUCAGCUCCAUCAGAGCCACCACAUGUGCUUACAAAGGGAAAUGGGUCUACGAAGUUCUCAUCUCAUCUCAAGGCCUAAUGCAAAUCGGAUGGUGCACAUUGAACUGCAGAUUCAACCAAGAGGAAGGAGUCGGGGACACGCCGGACUCGUACGCUUAUGACGGAAACAGAGUCCGCAAAUGGAACGUGACAACCACCAACUACGGCAAGUCCUGGGCUGCUGGUGAUAUCGUCAGCUGCUUGAUAGAUUUGGAUGAGGGAACCAUUACGUUUUGUCUUAAUGGACAGUCUCUCGGUGUUGCGUUCAGCAAUAUUAAGGCGGGGCCGGGCAUCGCAUAUUUCCCUGCGAUCAGCCUUUCCUUCAAAGAAUCUGUAGCCUUUAAUUUCGGCAGCCGUCCUCUCAGAUACCCUGUGGAAGGUUACCUUCCUCUUCAAAGCCCACCAACCACUGACCUCAUCAACGCCAACAGGCUUCUGGGAUACCUCAAGACAGUCCUGUCCACCUCCAUCGACACACAGGAGGAAAAGCUUGUGGAGAGAGACAGUGGAACCUGGCAGAUUCAAGGAGAUCCCACCAUCCUGGUCACCCUUGCACAUAUAUUCAACCACUUUGCACCUCUCAUGUGCAAAGUGUACUUAGUGGAGGAUGUGCUGAUGAACUUCCUGUUGAGUAUAUUGGAGGGUGGAGGGUCUGUCGAAGAACAUCCUCUUAUACAACAGCUGCUGGAUCUUUUCUGGCUUCUCAUGGAGGACCACGAGGUGAGCGAGUGUCUGAAGCAGCUGAUGAUGUCUCUGCUGAGAGCGUAUCGUUUCUCUCCCAUCAUCCCUGAUCUGGGCUUUCAGAUUCAUUACCUUCGUCUGACCACAGCGAUACUCCGGCAUGAGAAGUCCAGGAAGUACCUGCUCAGCAACGUCCUGUUUGACGUGCUCCGGUCUGUGGUCUUCUUCUACAUCAAGACCCCUCUGAGAGUGAAGGAGGCAGGGCUGGAGGAGCUCAUCCCGACCACCUGGUGGCCCACACGCUUCGACAAAGAGGGCAAAGAUGAGAGAGACACGCGCGAGGAGACGGCCGAGGAGAGGCUGAGACGGCGAGCGUACGAGCGAGGCUGUCACAGACUGAAAAAGAGGAUUGAGGUUGUGGAGGAGCUGCAGGUUCAGAUCCUGAGGUUAAUGCUGAACAACAAAGACAAAGGGACGGGCGAAGCAUCUCGAUACAUUUUCCUCAACAAAUUCCGCAAGUUCCUUCAAGAGAACGCCAGCAAUAGAGGGAACCCCACAGUGUUGUGUCCUCCUGAAUACAUGGUGUGUUUCAUACACCGGCUCAUCACGGCCAUCAGGAGCUACUGGGAUGAAGGCAAGAGAAAAAGCCCAGGAUCCAUCAGCAGUGAAGAUGACCUGGCUGCAAAAGCCAACAUCAUCAUAGACCCGGCGGAGAUCCAGGCCUCAUCCAUGGAUGAUUUGGAUGAAGAUGAGGAAACUGGAGCUGCCCAGAGACCGUCUGGCGCUGUGGCCAUGGGUGGCGCUUUGGCCCGUCCCAGCUGGUUGAGUUCCCCGACACUGGGCAGAGCCAACCGCUUCCUGAGCACCGCCGCCGUCAGCCUAAUGACCCCUCGACGACCCCUCGCCCCGCCGGAGAAGGUCAAAGUCCGGACCCUCGCCGUGGAGCAGAGGACCGAGGAAGACAUCGAGGGAAGCCAUGGUAACGAUGGGCUGUUGCUGGGGCGACCGUUAGAAGAGCCGGACCAGCCAAUCACAGAGAAGUCCCUGCUGGAGAUUCUGGAUGGGGUUGUGAUGAUGUACAAUCUGAGCGUUCAUCAGCAGCUUGGCAAGAUGGUGGUUGUAUCGGAUGAUGUUCACGAGUACGCUGUCGCCCUAAAGGACACGGAAGAGAAGAUCGCCCGAUGCCCGAGCAGAAGGCUAGAUAUUUUAGAAGAGUUGCAGAAGAGCCAAAAAGUGUUUGCUGAAAAGCUGAACCACCUGAGUCGUAGGUUGGCCUGGAUCAACGCCACCAUCUACUCAAAGGAGAAGAUGCUGGACGUGUACUGGCUCCUCAGGGUGUGUCUCCGUACCAUCGAGCAUUCGGACAGCACAGGCUCCCUGUUCGCAUUCAUGCCCGAAUUCUACCUCAACGUGGCCAUGAACAGCUACAGUGCCCUCAAAAACUACUUCAGCCCCUCCAACUGCAUGGAAGAACUUCCAGGUUAUGAGGAAACACUCACUCAGCUCGCAGCCAUUCUUGCCAAACACUUCGCUGAUCUGCGCAUCGUUGGCACCGAUAUCAAAGACUCACUGAUGCAGGCUUUAGCCAGUUACGUGUGUUACCCACAAUCCCUGCGUGCCGUCGAGAAGAUCCCAGAAGAUCAGCGGAUGGCUAUGAUGAGGAACUUACUGGCUCCAUAUGAACAGAGACCUUGGGCUCAAACCAACUGGAUCCUGGUUCGUCUUUGGAGGGGUUGUGGCUUUGGCUACAGGUACACACGUCUGCCUCAUCUGCUGAAGACCAAACCAGAGGACGCAAACCUGCCCAGCCUGCAAAGGGAUUUGUCAAUUGCUAGUUUUCAAA